AUGCCUGGAGCCAGCUUGAGUUAUAAUGAGGAGUCUAAGCUGAUUGGGGACCUGUUCAGAAGCUACAACAAGAACAUUCGUCCAGCAGCGCACCCCACAGACAAGGUGGAGGUGCAGGUCAAGCUGAUUCUCACCAACCUCAUCUCCCUGAAUAAAAAGGAAGAGACUCUCACAACUAAUGUCUGGAUUGAGAUUCAAUGGAAUGAUAUUCGCCUAGCCUGGAACACCUCUGAGUAUUUUGGCAUUGAAGUUAUCUGUGUGCCUUACAACACAGUAUGGCUCCCUGACGUCCUUGAGAACAACAUUGAUGGCAAGUUUGAUGUGGCCUACUAUGCCAAUGUGUUGAUCUACUCCAGUGGCUACAUGUACUGGCUGCCUCCAGCGAUCUACCGCAGCACGUGUGCCAUAGAGAUCACCUAUUUCCCCUUUGACUACCAGAACUGCACCUUAGUCUUCAGGUCCCAGACAUACAGUGCAAAUGAGUUGGAAAUCAUUGAUGCAGAGACCAACAAGCCUAUUGAUUGGGUGGACAUUGAUCCUGAGGCCUUCACUGAGAACACUGAGUGGGCCAUAAAGCCCCGGCCAGCCAGGAAGCUGAUCAACUCACGCUACACUCCUGAUGACCUGGAGUACCAGGAGAUCUCCUUCAACCUGGUCAUCCAGAGAAAACCUAUAUUCUACAUCAUCAUCCUGCCCUGCUCACUCAUCUCCUCCCUGGUCGUCCUGGCCUACUUCUUAUCUGCACAGGCUGGGGGACAGAAGUUGACUGUGUCCAUCUCGGUCCUGCUGGCUCAGACUGUCUUCCUAUUUCUUAUUGCUCAGAAGGUCCCUGAGACAUCGCUCAAUGUCCCACUCAUUGGCAAAUACCUGAUCUUUGUCAUGUCUGUGACCACGCUCAUCGCCACCAACCAAAUCGUGGUGCUCAACAUCUCCCUCCGCAGUCCCAAAACCCACACCAUCAAGCAGGUAUUGGGUGGCAUUGAUGUGAGCACCACAGCCAGCCUGUUCAAGAGCCUCGCCCAAGCUGCUCCUGAGAUCAAGGAAUGUGUGGAUGCCUGUAACUUUAUCGCUGAGAGCACAAAGCAAGCAAAUGACAUUGGAUCAGAAAUGGAGAGUUGGGUAUUGAUCGGGAAGAUGAUUGACAAGGUGUGUUUCUGGGUGGCCAUGGCCCUCUUCUCCAUCGGAACUGUCGCCAUAUUCCUCACGGGACAUUUUAACUCAGUCCCAGAGUUUCCAUUCCCUGGGGAAAACAAACGAUACCUCCCCAGUUAAGAGAAGGGGCGUUGCCUUGUCCUCUUAACUUGGUCACAGAUUAUAUGGAUCAUCCAUUGUCUUCAUAUCAUUGAGACUUAAGUUGUCUUGCUCAUUUCUUCACUUACUGUGCAUUCGGAAAGUAUUAAGACCCCUUGACUUUUUCCACAUUUUGUUAUAUUACAGCCUUAUUCUAAAAUGUGUUAGUUUUUCCCCCUCAUCAAUCUACACACAAUGCCCCAUAAUGACAAAGCAGAAACAGGUUUUUAGAAAUGUGUAUUUAACCUUUAUUUAACUUUAUUUAAAAUAUCACAUUUACAUAAGUAUUCAGACCCUUUACUCAUUACUUUGUUGAAGCACCUUUGGCAGCGAUUACAGCCUUGAGUCUUGUUGGGUAUGACGCUACAACCUUGGCUUGGCACACCUGUAUUUGGGGAGUUUCUCCCAUUCUUCUCUGCAGAUUCUCUCAAGUUCUGUCAGGUUUGAUGGGGAGCGUCGCUGCACAGCUAUUUUCAGGUCUCUCCAAAGAUGUUCGAUCGGGUUCAAGUCCAGCCUCUGGCUAGGCCAAUCAAGGACAUUCAGAGACUUGUCCCGAAGCCACUCCUGCGUUGUCUUGGAUGUGUGCUUAGGGUCGUUGUCCUUUUAGAAGGUGAACCUUCACCCCAGUCGGAGGUCCUGAGCACUCUGGAGCAGGUUUUCAUCAAGGAUCUCUGUACUUUGCUCCAUUCAUCUUUCCCUCGAUUCCGACUAGUCUCCCAGUCCCUGCCACUGAAAAACAUCCUCACAGCAUGAUGCUGCCACCACCAUGCUUCACAGUAGGGAUGGUGCCAGGUUUCCUCCAGACGUGAUGCUUGGCGUUCAGGCCAAAGAGUUCUUGUUUUACACCAGACCAGAGAAUCUUGUUUCUCAUGGUCUGAGAGUCCUUUAGGUGCCUUUUGGCAAACUCCAAGCGGGCUGUCAUGUGCCUUUCACUGAGGAGUGGCGUCCGUCUGGCCACUCUACCAUAAAGGCCUGAUCGGUGGAGUGCUGCAGAGAUAGUUGUUCUCUGGAAGGGUCUCCAAUCUCCACCGAGGAACUCUGGGGCUCUGUCAGAGUGACCAUCGGGUUCUUGGUCACCUCCUUGGCGCUGGCCCUUCUCCGAUUGCUCAGUUUGGCCCGGCGACCAGCUCUAGGAAGAGUCUUGGUCGUUCCAAACUUAUUCCAUUUAAGAAUGAUGGAGGCCACUGUGUUCUUAGGGACCUUCAAUGCUGCCGAAAUUUGUUGGUACCCUUCCCCAGAUCGGUGCCUCGACACAAUCUAGUCUCGGAGCUGUACGGAUAAUUCCUUCGACCUCAUUGCUUGGUUUUUGCUCUGACAUGCACUGUCAACUGUGGGACCUCAUAUAGACAGGUGUGUGCCGUUCCAAAUCAUGUCCAAUCAAUUGAUUUUACCACAGGUGGACUCCAAUCAAGUUGUAGAAUCAUCAAGGAUGAUCAAUGGAAACAGGAUGCACCUGAACUCAAUUUCAAGUCUCAUAGCAAAGGGUCUGAAUACUAAUAUAAAUAAGGUAUUUGUUUUUUAUUUUUAAAAGCCUGUUUUCGCUUUGUCAUUAUGGGGAAUUGUGUGUAGAUUGGUAAUGAAAAAUAAAUAUUUAAUCCAUUUUAGAAUAAGGUUGUAAUGUCACAAAAUGUGGAAAAGGUCAAGGGGUCUGAAUACUUCCCGAAUGUACUUCUUACUUACUUAUUACAGUCUUUUUGGCAGUAGAUGACUGAAAAUGGCACCGUCUUGAUAUCAUGUCAUCCUUUUUGAUAAAUAUUUCAAACUGUUUUGUGUUUUACCCUAACCAUUUCUUGUUACGCGUGUGUAUUCUACUGUUUAGUAAGCCGUGUGACAUGAACAUGCCAAAAUAUCUAAGUUUGUGGCAAAGCAUUGUGAUUUAAUUCAAUAAGUCUGCUGUGGGCUUUGCUUGGUUAGAACAAAAUGAAGAAGCCAGAUCUCUGUUUCAGCCCUCACACUGCCUUAGGAUGAGGAUGCAGGUCUCCUAUACCCUAUAGAAUUCUUGUCUGUCUUGUAUCUCACUGUAUGGUGAUGUAUAUGUGACACAGGUCUUAACUGAUGGAUAUAAUGCAAUUUGCAACAUAAGAAGACCAUACUACUCUAAGAAUAUUAGAUUUAGCUAGUUACUUUAUUUUACGCACAAUACAUUUACAUGGUUAAUUAAUUGUUCUGUUUAACUUCUACCAAAUAAUGGCACAGACACUUAACUCAAACUUAAACUGAGGCCUUGCUUUCGUUUCUGCCCAAUUGGUGCCUCAUUUAUAAAAUGUUAUAUAAUUAAACAAUUUAUUUUUGUAUACAAUUAAAACACCUAUGCUGCUGAUGUUGGCAUACACAAAUCAUCAUGAAAAACAAUUUGUUUGUUUUACAUUAUGGGCAUUGAAUAUGGAGUUUUAGCAUCAGGAGGAUGUGUUGAAUGGUACAUAGUCAGCAAAAACGUUGGAGACUCAAACCAUUACUGGAACGUACUAUGUUUUACGUGUCCCUCUGCAUCUAAGAUCUUUAAAACAUCUAUACAAACAAAUGCUGCAUAAUGACUGUUAGUAUUUUCUGUU